AUGCUUAUAAGCAGGAACAAGCUAAUUUUACUACUAGGAAUGAUCUGCUUGGAACAAGAGAAAUCUGCAACUCUUUCUCUCCCCAAAGCUCCCACUUGUGGGCGGAGUUUGGUUAAGCCAGGGACUUGGAAUUACUUUAACAUUUUCAGUCGCAUUGUUGGGGGAAGCCAAGUGGAAAAGGGUUCCUACCCCUGGCAGGUGUCUCUGAAACGAAAGCAGAAGCACAUCUGUGGUGGAACCAUCAUCUCUCCACAGUGGGUGAUCACAGCUGCUCACUGCGUAGCAAAAAGAAAAAGUAUAUCAACUUUGAAUGUUACUGCCGGAGAACAUGACUUGAAACAGACAGACCCAGAAGAGCAAACCCUCACCAUCGAAACCAUCAUCAUACAUCCAUAUUUCACCACCAAGAAACCAAUGGACUAUGAUAUCGCCCUUUUAAAGAUGGCUGGAGCCUUCCAUUUUGGUCAGUUUGUGGGACCUGUGUGUCUUCCAGAGCCCGGGGAGCGAUUUGAGGCUGGAUUUAUUUGUACAACUGCAGGCUGGGGUCGCUUGACUGAAGAUGGCCUGCUCCCGCAAGUCUUGCAGGAAGUCAAUCUGCCCAUUUUGACCCAGAAGGACUGUGCGGCAGCAAUGUCAACCCUAAAAAGGCCCAUCACUGGACAGACCUUUCUCUGCACAGGCUUCCCAGAUGGAGGAAGAGAUGCAUGUCAGGGAGAUUCAGGAGGUUCCCUUAUGUGCCGGAAUAAGAAAGGCGUCUGGACUCUGGCUGGUGUGACUUCCUGGGGCUUGGGUUGUGGGCGAGGGUGGAGAAACAAUGUGCAGAAAAAUGAUCAAGGAUCCCCUGGGAUCUUCACAGACCUUAGUAAAGUACUUCCCUGGAUCCACAGAUACAUCCAAACUGGGAAGCAGAGAAAGAGCUCCAGAGCACUCCGCAUGCUCACCAGUGAAAACAAUUCUGUGGAGAAGCCCUCAUUUUGUCUGUUUGUCAUUGGUGCCAACUCUAUAUGGCUGAAGUUCAUCUCUGAUACCACAAAUUAUGCCACUGGAUUUAAUCUCACUCUUAAACCAAACUAUCUUCUUGAUUCAGGUUGCAGUUCCUUAACUGUCUUUUCUGAAGUGCUCAUACAGAGUCUUCUCUAUCCUGAAGACUACAGUAACAUGGCUAACUGUAAGUGGGUUUUUCAAGUACCAACACAUUACCUAAUUAAGAAUAAUUCCAACCAAAACCAGCAGCUGCUAGCCAAGCAACCAGAUCAAGUCAAAUUCAUUUUCACAAGUAUGGUCCAAGGAAGUUAA